AUGUGCAAGUCGGUCUCAAUCAUGUGAGUUUUUCUUCUUCGAGAGCCUUCGAAUCGAAUUCUUUGCAAAAAUGAUCAAUCGUGAUGCCCACAGUGCGACGACGCCGUGCACGUCUUCUGAACUCGGAGUGACGCUCGGCGACUCGGCCAUCACACAGUUCAUCGUUCAUCAGGCACACUGCUUCGCAGUUUCUCGAGGAGACCAGUGUUGAUGUCUUUUUGUAAAUAUUAUGAAAAGGGAACAUACUAACAGGAAAUCAGAGGAGUAGGGUUGCAGAACAGGCACCUGUUUUCGCCUGUUUUGCAAUUUUAACGUGGAUAUUUUGCAAAACAGGCGAAAACAGGCGCCUGUUCCGCAACCCUACAGCGGAGGAGUGCCGUGUCGUCGCACUGUUCAACAAACGAACGACGCUAAAUAGUUAUAUAGUUAUGAUGAUGACGACGAGGGAAACGAAGAACAAAAAGAAAAAAUCACAAAAUUAUAGGGAACAUCGGCGCUCGGAUCGAUGGUUUCGUCGUUCUUCGAAGGAGCCAUCUGCUCGGCGCUCUCCUCGUCGACGUCCGAUUUGAAGCACAAUUCGGAGCGGAAGUUCCCAAUUUACGAGUUCCUUCCGAUGAAAGUGCAGGAGCACAUGUCCGCGAGGAACACGACGCUCUUCUACCGGUAAUUCUAGACUUCUUGCGCUCAUCUCGAACUGUAAUCCUUCAGAAUCAACUCGAUCGAAUCCGACGAGCAUCAACUGACUGUCCGUGCUCAGAUCGAAUGGCAGAAGCUGAUUCCGGCCACUUCCGACGACGCGUCACGCCUUCUGAACGGACAAGACGAGCGUCACAAUUCGACAAAGCUGAUGGACAUGGAAAUGAAGAACGGAGAUUGA